AUGGUUUCUUUGGAGAAACUAUGCUGCUAUGAGCUUUACAUUUUCUGUUUUCUGUUGUGGGCUGCUCUUGUUUACUCCAAGCAUCAUGGAAACCCAGCAAAUGAUCUUGUCACCAUCAUCAACGAGAACCGAACAGCUCACAAGCUCCCAAGGCUAAAUGACAGUCCCGGUCUUGGGUGCAUGGCCUUACAGUAUGUGGAGCUAUGCAAAUGGAACUGCACAGAGAACAAUUUGGUGACCUGCAAGCCAUCAGAAGAUGAUUUCACUGAAGUAUUCGCUCCCAAUUGCGGCGUAGAGCUCCCCACUUUCGGCACCAUUACCGGGCAAAUAGUAGGCUGUCAAAGGAAGUAUGUAGAGCCACCAUUAGCUUUCUCCAACAUUCUUUUUAAAAACAACAAAUCUUUGUCUCUGCUGAGGAAUAAAUCACAUACUGAGGUUGGAGCAGGCAUGGUUGGAGUCCAUAAAGGAUCAUUCUUUUGGUGCAUUUUGUUCAGUGAUGGCCUCACAAAUUCCACAUUUGAGCUUGAAAAUCGCGGUGCAGGGAUCAAGCAAAGGAUAGGAUGUUACAGCGGAAGCAAUGUUACAUGCAGUGAGGGAGGGAAAAUUAGUGCUGAUUUUUUCUUCUUUGUAUCUUUUAGUGUUGUUGUAUUCAGUUUACUUUUGCAACAGGUUUAGUGGUUUAUCUUUGAUAAUGCAACAGG